UUCUCUCUCCACAGUUGUCAGACUUGAGGCCAUGAUAAUGCACAAACCUGAGAACGUCUCAGCUGGUCCCUGGAGGGAGUUUGUGCUGGAGGGGUUCAAGGGAGGUGUGGAGACCCAGGCCCUGCUCUUUGCUGUCUUCCUGGCCCUGUAUGUGAUGACCAUCGUGGGCAACCUCACCAUGAUCGUCGUCAUCACCCUGGAUGCCCGCCUGCACUCCCCCAUGUACUUCUUCCUCAAGAACCUGUCCUUCCUGGACCUCUGCUACUCAUCUGUUUUUGCACCCAGAGCCCUGAACAACUUCUUCUCAUCCUCUAAGGUCAUCAGCUUUGCAGGAUGUGCCACCCAGUUGUUUUUCUUCUCCUUUCUUGGUACUACUGAGGCUUUCCUGUUAGCCGUGAUGGCCUAUGACCGCUUCAUGGCCAUCUGCAGUCCCUUGCGUUACCCUGUGACCAUGUCCUCCAUGAUGUGUGCCCGCCUUGUGCUGGGCUCCUACUGUGGAGGCUGCCUCAACUCCAUUGUGCAGACCAGCCUCACGUUCCAGCUCCCCUUCUGCAGCUCCAACCAUGUCAACCACUUCUUCUGUGAUGUGUCCCCCCUGCUGCACCUGGCUUGUGCUGACACGGCUCUCAAUGAGCUGGUCAUGUUUGGCCUCUGUGGGUCCAUUGCUGUGGGUGCUAUAGUAACUGUCCUGGUGUCCUACGGUUACAUUACAGUGACUGUCCUCAUGAUGCAUUCAGGAUCCAGAGCACAAAAGGUCUUUUCCACCUGUGGCUCCCACCUCACAGCUGUGUGCCUGUUUUAUGGAACCCUCAUUGUCAUUUAUGCACAGCCAGGGGAUGUGGAGUCCACAGAGCAGGGCAAGGUGGUCUCCAUCUUCUACACCGAGGUCAUCCCAAUGCUCAAUCCCCUCAUCUACAGCCUGCGGAACAAGGACGUGAAGGAUGCCCUGUGGAGGCUGGGACAGAGAUGGGUGACCCGGUGA